AUGCCUAUUACUCUUCAUCCAGUACAACCGGACUUCAAGGAGACUCAGACUUCACUGUCUUCCGCUAGCUCCAGCACUUUGUGCCCCUUCACCGACAGUCCAUCGUCUUUCUAUGCAUCUCGAACCCUUAAAGUCAAUGCACUGGGCAUCAGAGCAUUACGGCUGCCCAUUCCAUCCCGUCAAAGAGAAAUAGUUGUCUCUGAUGACGACAGCGAGGUCUAUGUUUCCACUAGAAACAAACGCUGGUCCGGCAAUUGCAUCUUGUCUUCUUCCAAGACAGGCAGCCUCAUCCAAACUGACUAUUCCUUUGGCCCAAAUCCUACCAUUUUACGACUUCUGCAGAGCCCGGGAGUCAUCUCCGAGGAAACCAAAGUGACAGGCCGAUGGACCUCCCGCUCAACGAGCUUUAUUUUCAGGGACAGAGACUUUGAAUGGAAGUAUGUCAAAGAGAAACGCUCAGAUAGCAAGGAGGCCCAUCUGCUCAUCUUGCAAAUGGUCAACAAGAAAGAUGAUCAUUGUCGAAUCGCUCAGCUUGUCCGUGAUAAAGCAACUCGCACGCCCGGUACCAGCAAAUGUCGAGCGGGGAACGGCGGGGAAUUGCAGAUCGAUGAUGCGGCUUUAGUUGAGUGCGAGCUGGAAGAGUCUAUCGUCGUGGCAACAUGUCUGGUAAUGCUAAAGCGAGAAGUUGACCGGCGUAGAAUAGUUCAGUGUGCGGUGAUUGCCGGAGCGGUUGGUGCCUGCUCCUGA